AUGUCUCUACAUCAUCCUCACAACUCAGAGCACUUGCCUGCGCUACUUCUGUCAGCGGUGGUCUGUCCGUCGAGCACCACACUCGCGAUUAGCGCAAAGAGCCGCAUAGGCAAUCCCAUGCUCCUGAAUGGCCAGUCGGACCCAUCGGCCACUCUUUCACUUCGCCCUUUUGAACCAUUGCACUCACGUGUGCUCGAUCACCCGGCUGCGACCUGUCUACCUAGUUCGACAUGUUUCGACGGCUUAGUGCACCCUACCCUCCAGUCAGAUCGAACGGUUGCCCCUACGCAGCACUCACUUGGGCUGGCGCGACCAACUAAGCAGCGUUGUCCAGUCACGGUCCCUUCAUUCCUGACUGUACAACCGGACCGCUGGGACGCGUCUUCAUGGUACCUACUCAAGCUAGUGUGUCCAGACGAACCAGACCACCCGGUUGUCAUCUCACCUACCAAGCAGCUCUCUGUUGGUCUUUCAUGGCAAUCACCAGAGUUGUUAUAUUUGGAUGGGUCACCGCCCCGCUCAGAUACGGCCUCUCCAUUGGGCAUGACACAUUGCACUAGCACAGCACAUCGUGCCGUCAAAUCGACGUUACCUCAGGCCCAACCGGCCCCCUGGGUUGCCAAUUUGCGCCGGACUCCUGAGUCCGUGUGCGCGCUCGAGCCAUAUAGCUCGGUUAGGGUCUACACAUCAAUCAUGCAACUCUUCCAACCAGACUCCUUAGUUGAUGACCCAUCAAGUUUGAGGUCCCUUACUAGCUCAAUACUCUCGCCUGUUCUAACGGGCCUCCCAGCAGCUUAUUCACAUCGUCCCCAAAAGCUGGGGCACUGGUAUGACCUGUAUCAUCCAGCUAGUGCUGGAUUGGUGAGUGUAACGAACCCUAUUGUUUCGACAUGUCAAGCGACCGCAUCCUCGGUCAGCCAUGGUGUUCAGGCUCACGACAAAACUCUCAGCCGCAAAGUCAGCGCGUCCGACCCCCAGCUGGGCAGAACUCGGGUCAUGACACUAAUGUGGCGAGCUGGGGCUAAAGACAUUUGUUCCCUAACCCUCUCACCCUUUGACAGUUGGACGCAUGAACAGUUGUCUUCGCCUAUCUGGCCGGAUCCCCAGGUGAAUCCUCCACAUCACCUAUAUGAGUCAGGACACUCCCGUGAACCGCAUCAAUCAGUCAUGAGUGGUUUGCCGAUUAAAACGGGUCCCAUCAGUUCGGUGGGCCAAGUGUCUGAACCAUUGUCGUCGUCAGGUCAGCCGGUCAUCCUUUCGCGUUCCACGCUUGAGUCUGCGUGCCUGUGUGUGUUGUGUCGCCUUCUGGCAGCAUAUACACCAACCACGACAUGCUUCAUCGAUCUGGCGCACUUCAAGAUCAAAUUGAUAUCAUCGCAUGACCAGUUGGAUUUUCCAGCCGUUCCUGCGCGUCAACCACUCAAGCUGCGCCUAAACGGACCAUACAGUUCAGCACAUCAACCCACUCAGGUUGAAGGGCAGCCCUCCAUUCUCACAGGUGAUCCGACUCUCAACAAAGGUCCCGGCCCCAAAAUCUGCAUGUCUAACCUCCAGCUGGGCGGAACUCAGAUUGGGCAUAGGAAUGGGGUUUUUCACGGGUCCGCAUUGAGCAAUUCUGGGAGAACAACGGUAUCGAUGCGGUUUGGCUACGACCCUAGCGGGCGUCCUCCAGUUACCUUGCUCAUCAACGGUUGGAAUCAUGAACUGACGUCCUCGUCUAACCAAUCGAACCAUCCAGCCGCCCCUUUGCCUUCCUCACUUAUGUUGGCAUGCUGGCACGUGCCGCACCGUUCGGCGGCAGCACACUCAUCGAUCAUAAUGCACCCUGUUAGUCCAAAGCGUCAAAGGAACACACAAUCCAUUGGCACUGGUGCGUUCUGCCUUUGUCCUGGCCACCAUUCCACUCAGGUCGAAGGAAGGACAAUCAUCCUUAUUAAUGCCCUGGUACUCGACGAGGAUCCUAGCUGUGGGAUCUAUGCGACUAACUCCCAUCUGGGCGGAACCCAGAUUAUGAUGUUAAUGUGGCUAUGCUCUAUCUCUUACGUCAAGGGCUGCCACCCCCCCCCCAUUACCUCGCCCAUCGACGACUGGCACAACGAGCCAUUGUCUCCGCUGGCCCAACCAGUUUCUUUGACUGUGGAUUUGUGCCGUCCAUUCGAGUCGGCACGCCUGCUUGAGCCUGUCAGCUCAUUGGCGGACCAUCUGCUUACCAAAGUGUCCCUCCAGCUGGACCCUCCGGCCGAUUCUUUGUGCCAUCUUAUCAAGCCGGCGCGUCUGCGUGUGCCAGGUCACUCAGGGGUAGGCGAACUAUCAAGCGCGACGCAUACUGUUAGCUCGACAUGUCAUGUGGCAGAGCCGACGUUUCCACUUGCCCAGAUGGACCACCCAGUGGCUCUUUCGUCUAGUUCUCUCAAGCCCGAGUGCUCGUGCCCUCUGUGUCUUAUAGUCGGGGCUGGAUGGUCGAUUAUGAUGAAUCACAUCUGUCCGUCCGGCCAAGCAGUCGAACCGACCCCAUUGUCCACUCACGCAGGAUCUCUGAUUCUUGCUACACACUCCUCUCUUGAGUCAGCACACCUGCAGUCGUCACACCACUCAGUAGCGACAUGUUCGACGAUCGCGACUCGUUCCACCAAUCCGGUGUACCCAGCGAUCGGGUUGGCAUCCUCCUAUGACUGGUUGGAUCCUCCAGGCGUUCCUGCUUGUCAACUUCUUGAUUCAGCAUAUCUGCCUGGGCUACGUUGUUUGCCGGUAGUCCAUCUACUGAUCCCAGUGCAAUCUACCAAAACGAUGUGCCGGGCAUUUGGGAUAACUCCCUCACGGGUCCACUCAGAUCCUCCAGCCGAUAUCAUGCACCGCCUUCUCGAGCUGGCGCAUCCGUAUGGCCUGUCUGUGGCCUGUUCGCCAUUGGUAAUGCCACUUGUCAGUUCAGCGCAAUGCACGACCGAGUCGUCCUCACACGAUCAGCCGCAUCCACCGGUGAUACCGGUCUGCUGUCCUCUAGAAUCGGCGGACGCUGUGAUCGCUCCCGUGCAACGUUUCUCUGAGCAGGUCCAUUCACAAGCGCAGACACAGCCAGAGCCUGAGCUGUCGCGGACGGAGCUACUACAGGCACAACUGUCCAGGACGCGACUCGGACCCACCAAACGGAUAUAUGCCAUGACAUUAUGCUUGGAAACGACAGGUAUGUUACGAGCGCCGCCGUGGUACCACCCUUGUGAGGUGUUGUACCUGCCGGAUAUGGCAUGCCACACCUCCAAGAUAUCGUGGCGGUCAUCAAACGCAGCACAUCCACCUGCCAAGCUCUGCUGUUUGAAGAUCUCUCAUGCCCAGCCGAAGGUGAUCCUCACGGCAGUACAGGUUCUCAUCCAGACCACAACUGCGGUUAGUUACUCGCUGGGCCCAACCAAGGACAAACCUGGGAAGAUCUUCUAUACCCCGUUAGUGCUUUCAGGUGGUCCUAAGCCUGGCGAAUUAUGCACCGCACGGAGCUGUGCAAACUCAAGGCCAAGAAUAUCUAUAUGGCAUCACGAGAUUGACAACAAUAAAAUCCUGUCGCAAGUUGUCCUUUUCCCUGCUGGCAGACUAAAUACUACUCUGCGUUGUCACGCGAGCCUGAACCUCGGUAGAGGAACCGUCGCCUUGACUCUGCCUGGAGGCUCGCAGUGGCACCCCCUACAGGCCAACUGCCUAUCUAUCUCAGCGUCCUCAACCGCUUUUUCAGACCAGUUGAAUCCGAUCGUCCUACUGCACCCUCCGGGAUGGUUCCAUUAUCUGAUCAGACGAGAAAACUCGCUUCCCAACCUGGUCCACCCUGUCUCCCCAGCAGCACACGGUAUGUUCAGUCACGUCGGCCCAGUGUGGGUGGAGAGAAGUCGAGCCAUCAAGGUCCAGAAACCAGGCUUCCAGAAAGUCAUUUCCUUCGCCAUAGGACCGCCCCAGAGGAGACUUACAUCAGACAAGCCUUCAGCGACACCUUAUCAUUGCACCCGUUGA